UCAUUCACACCACACGGCCGUCCUCUCCUGCAGGAGUUAUAUCAUCCCGUGUUGCACACCUUGUAGCAGCUACAAGCCUUUUACACCACAAAGAUGUUUCGUCUCCCAACGGUCAUGAAGCAGGUGAGGCCUGUGUGCCGGGCGCUGGCUCCUCACCUGACACGAGCCUACGCUAAAGACGUGAAGUUUGGAGCCGACGCUCGCGCCCUCAUGCUGCAGGGAGUCGACCUGCUGGCGGACGCUGUGGCCGUCACCAUGGGCCCAAAGGGUCGUACCGUCAUCAUUGAGCAGAGCUGGGGCAGCCCUAAAGUCACCAAGGACGGCGUGACCGUGGCCAAGAGCAUCGACCUGAAGGACAAGUACAAGAACAUUGGCGCCAAGCUGGUGCAGGACGUGGCCAACAACACCAACGAGGAGGCCGGCGACGGCACCACCACCGCCACGGUGCUGGCUCGUGCCAUCGCCAAGGAGGGCUUCGACACCAUCAGCAAAGGCGCCAACCCCGUGGAGAUCCGCCGUGGAGUCAUGAUGGCCGUGGAAUACGUCAUCAGCGAGCUGAAGAAGCUCUCCAAGCCCGUCACAACCCCCGAGGAGAUCGCACAGGUUGCGACAAUCUCAGCCAAUGGAGACGUGGAGAUCGGUAACAUCAUCUCUAACGCCAUGAAGAAAGUUGGCCGCAAGGGAGUCAUCACUGUCAAGGACGGGAAGACGCUGCACGACGAGCUGGAGAUCAUCGAGGGCAUGAAGUUUGACCGCGGUUACAUCUCCCCGUACUUCAUCAACACCGCCAAAGGUCAGAAGUGUGAGUUCCAGGACGCCUACCUGCUGCUGAGUGAGAAGAAGAUCUCCAGCGUCCAGAGCAUCGUUCCAGCCCUGGAGAUCGCCAACCAGCACCGCAAGCCGCUGGUCAUCGUGGCGGAGGACGUGGACGGAGAGGCCCUGAGCACCUUGGUUCUCAACAGGCUGAAGGUGGGGCUUCAGGUGGUCGCUGUCAAGGCCCCGGGCUUCGGAGACAACAGGAAGAACCAGCUGAAGGAUAUGGCCAUCGCCACCGGGGGCACCGUGUUUGGAGACGAGGCUCUGGGCGUGGCCCUGGAAGACAUCCAAGCUCACGACUUCGGUAAGGUCGGCGAGGUGCAGAUCACCAAAGACGACACCCUGCUGCUGAGGGGAGGCGGCAGCCCAGCCGAGGUGGAGAAACGCGCAGCGGAGAUCGUCGAGCAGCUGGAGAACACCACCAGCGACUACGAGAAGGAGAAGCUCAACGAGAGGCUCGCCAAGCUGUCGGACGGCGUGGCCGUGCUCAAGAUCGGAGGAACGAGUGACGUGGAGGUGAACGAGAAGAAGGACCGUGUGACGGACGCUCUGAACGCCACCCGGGCAGCUGUGGAGGAGGGGAUCGUUCCAGGUGGAGGCUGCGCUCUGCUGCGCUGCAUCCCAUCACUCGACAGCCUCAAAACCGCCAACGCCGACCAGAAGAUCGGUGUGGACAUCAUCAGGCGAGCGCUGCGUAUCCCCUCGAUGACCAUCGCUAAGAACGCCGGUGUGGAGGGCUCACUGGUGGUGGAGAAGAUCCUGCAGGAAUCAGCUGAUAUCGGCUACGACGCCAUGCAGGGGGAGUACGUCAACAUGGUGGAGAAGGGCAUCAUUGACCCCACCAAGGUGGUGAGGACGGCGCUGCUGGACGCCGCAGGAGUCGCCUCCCUGCUCUCCACCGCCGAGGCCGUCGUCACGGAGAUACCCAAGGAGGAGAAGGAGAUGCCGGGAGGUGGCAUGGGCGGCAUGGGAGGCAUGGGCGGCAUGGGAGGAGGCAUGGGUUUCUAAGCCGGUCCUCCUGACUUGUUGCUGUACAGACUAAAAGGCAGAGCGGUGCUGGGGGUGGCUGUGGAGCACACACAGAAGAAGAAAAAACAAAACAAAACCCUCCAAGAAUCUGCAACCACCUCCACCGAGCUCUGCCCACACUGACUGGCCAUGAGUAUGUUGGAGAUGCCCACGCUGUUUAAUUCUGUCUCCUGCCUCCGGAGGACCCGGUCCGGAGCAGGAGACCCCAUCGAGCCCAGUUACUUACUACACCAGAACCCUCCGACGGCUCUGCUCAUCGAACCAAUCCACAUGUUCAAACUCAUAGUUCUUCAUGUAAAACGCUCAUACAGGUGAUGCCACUGUGAUCUCUGUAAGAGGUAGGAAAGUGAUUCAAGUCGUCUAAGAAGAAACUUCAGAAACUAACAUAGUCAUACGUAUUGAUGCUCUGUAUUACUGCAAAAGAGAGCAGGGCAGGUACGAGAGAAGAUACCUAGCCAGGAAUGUGUCUGUCCUUUAUUUUUGUCUUUGUAGUAUUUUGUUAAUUCGUUUUGUUUUUUUUAUAUAUAUAUAUCUGUUAUGUUUUUUUUUCUCCCCCCCAGCUGAUAACGACGUGGGUUAAAAUCUAUCAUUUGAUUUUAAUUAAACCAGUUUUCUUUCAGAGCCUGAGCAUUGUCUGUGUCUCUGAAGUGAUGUUACAUUUUGUUUGUCUGGUGAUGAUGGAGGAAAGAUCACUUGUUCCCUCGUACCUGACCGCGGCUGGACAAAGAGUGCCUACGAGUCAAAACACCAGAGUAUCACCAGGGGCCUGUUGAAAACAACGUGAAAAAAAAAGAAAAGUUAAAUGUUUACCGAGAUCUCUGGCGCUUUUUCUUUUUUUUUUUUUUUUUUUUUUUUUUUUUUCAAGCCUUUGUGAGUUGUUUUCAUGGAUGCAGCGUUUUUCUAAACAUCAGUUUUGACGUCGCAGAAGAUUAAUUUCACAACAAACGUCUGAUUGUAUGAGAGCGUGGAGGAGUUCAGACAAAAUGUGAAAACCUGUGACGUCCAGGUGCUGCCUCUGUUUUGACUACGAGUCACAGAAAACUACAGACCAUUUAUCACUUACCUAAAAAAUCUGAGAGCGUGGUGUUAGUUUUACACAUAAAUACAUUAUUCCUUUGCAAAAUGGCAAAUAGCUGUGAUCAUACGACUUCUGUUUUGUACAAUGUAAACGAUUAAUGGUGAUUCUUUUUUUCUUUUUUUUUAUUUAAUAAAUUUAAUUGUUCUGA